GCCUGCUGCUUGCAGCCUCAACAAUAAGGUGGUGUGUGGGCUGGGCGAAAAUACAUUUUCCGUUUCCAUCCUAGUUCGGCUGCUACCUUUUUGCUGCUGCUUCCUCCCAGGUGCUGGUACUCUUGCUGGUUCUCUUGCAGGUGCUGCUACGCCUGACUCUCCAGCUGCAUCUUCUGCGUUAAAACUACCCAGCAUCCCUCAGCUCCUCUCUUACUAGCAGCUCCAGGAAAUGGCAGCAGCUCUUGCUGACGUCACCAUGCAGGCAGCAGCCUUCGCUUCGCUGCCGGCUCGCACGGCCGCGGCUACCGCCACCGCCAGGCCCCUGGUUUCCAGUUUCGCAGGGAUGUCGCUGGCGACAAAGGCGUCGCGCAAGGCCGUCGCACGUCGCGCAGUGGCGAUUCGGUGCGACGGUGACGGAUCAGCUGCGACAGCGACUGCGACCGAGGCUGACGCGAUUCCCAUUGAACGAUCGUUCACCAACGCCCCUGCCGUCUUGGAUAUCAACAAGAUCAAGGAGCUCCUGCCGCACAGAUAUCCCUUCCUCCUGGUCGACCGCGUCAUCGAGUACCAGCCGGGCGUCACGGCGGUCGGCAUCAAGAACGUGACGGUCAACGACAACUUCUUCCCCGGCCACUUCCCCGAGCGCCCCAUCAUGCCGGGCGUGCUCAUGGUCGAGGCCAUGGCUCAGCUGGGCGGCAUCGUGAUGCUCACUGACGACUUUGGCGGCAAGAGAGACGCGUUCUUCUUUGCUGGCGUCGAUGGGGUCCGCUGGCGCAAGCCAGUGGUUCCUGGAGACACCCUGGUGAUGCGCAUGACGCUCACCAAGUACCAGAAGCGGUUUGGCAUUGCCAAGCUGGCAGGGAAGGCGUACGUGGGCAACGACCUCGUGUGCGAGGGCGAGUUUAUGCUCGCUCUUGGUAGCUAAACUUUUUGCGCCAUAGGUGAAAAAAAACAAGAAUUUUGGCACUCUAGAACCUUACCAUAGGUGCUCUUUAUUCUGAAAUCUCGUGUUUCGGUUCAAGGAGAGUCAACAGCAGCUCAGAUGCACUUGAGGAUACCAUACCUAUAGUAGGAAUUCUUUUUACUCAGUCAUACUGUGUUAAUGGACUGUGAAAGCACCAGCUCUUGACCAGAAGCCUUGACGAGUGAGACUAUGAGGUGGAUAGAAAGUACGAGGGGAGACACAAGUUGUGUGUUGUUCUCGUCAAGAGCUGAUCUAGCUAGGUUAACAGGA